CUCUGCCGAUGACAAACCCGGAACCAAAGAUAUUUAGUAUCUUUGCCCAGAGCCGGCUUCACGUGACCUUAGCACAUGACUGCUGGGCCGCCCGGGCGCCUGACGGUGAAGGCGAGGAGACUUGGAGAGAGAGAGAUGACUCCUCUUGUGGUUUUGAUUCUGGUAGUUCAAGUCUUUAUUGCUGAGUCUGCACCAGCUAAAGAUGAGAUUAUGUACCUCCCAGGCCUGGCCAAACAAUCCAGUUUCAGGCAGUACUCUGGGUACCUGAAUACAUCUGAAAAUAAAUAUCUCCACUACUGGUUUGUUGAAUCUCAGGGGAAUCCUAAAAAAGACCCUGUGGUGCUGUGGUUGAAUGGAGGCCCAGGCUGUAGCUCGUUGGAUGGGCUUCUAAAUGAGCAUGGUCCCUUCUUGAUCCAACCUGAUGGGAAGACACUUCAAUAUAAUCCUUACUCCUGGAACUUGAUUGCAAAUAUGCUGUACCUUGAGUCACCAGCAGGGGUUGGAUUUUCCUACGACGAUGACCAGCAGUACCGAACCAAUGAUACUGAGGUUUCAUUCAAUAAUUACCUCGCAGUGAAGAAAUUCUUCCAGCUUUUCCCAGAAUACAAGACGAAUGCAUUCUAUAUUACUGGAGAGAGUUACGGAGGAAUCUACGUACCAACACUCGCAGAGCGUGUGAUGACUGACAGGAAAAUUAAUUUUAAGGGGAUGGCUGUUGGAAAUGGAUUAUCUAGCUGGGAGUUCAAUGACAAUUCUUUAGUGUACUUUGCAUAUUACCAUGGGCUGUUGAAAUCUUCGCUUUGGUUGGAUCUCCAGAAGUUCUGCUGUUCUGUGGGAACAUGCAACUUUCAUAAUAAUAAAGAUAAGAACUGUAUGUUAAAGGUUAAAGAAGUGUUUCAAAUUGUAUGGUACUCGGGUCUGAAUGUAUACAACCUGUAUGCUGAUUGUAUUGGUGGAGUCCCAGGCACAAUCCGCUUUGAUGAAAAUCAGAAGCAACUGGUUUUAUAUGAUUUGGGAACUCUGUUUGUCAAAAAUGAAAUGAGUCUUAUGUGGAAGAAGAAACUGCACGACAUGUAUCAGAACAACAGGAACGUUCGAUUGGACCCCCCGUGCACCAACACAACUGCCUGCUCCAACUACUUGAAUAGCCCAAAAGUACGAAAUGCUCUGCACAUUCCACCCUCUGUGCAGAAAUGGGAGAUGUGCAGUAUGAAAGUGAAUCUGAAUUAUCGAGCUCUCUACAGUGAUAUGAAGGAUCAAUACCUGAAACUAUUGGCUGCCAGGCAAUACCAGAUCCUUGUGUAUAACGGAGAUGUGGACAUGGCAUGUAACUUCAUGGGAGAUGAGUGGUUUGUGAAUUCACUUCAGCAGAAGGACCAGGUGAAUCGUCGGACGUGGCUGUACAAAGAUGAAAAUGGUGAUCAGGUGGGAGGGUUCGUCAAGGAAUUUGACAAUCUUGCUUUCCUGACUGUAAAGGGAGCGGGACACAUGGUGCCAUCGGACAAACCAAAAGCUGCCUUCACGUUCUUCAGCCGCUUUUUGCACAAGGAGCCAUACUGAGACAACGGACAAGAAUUCUGCACAAAGUGUAAACAAAUAUUAAGGUAGCAUUUCUGGACAUGUGUGCACUCAAGCAGGAAGUGGGUUCUGAGGUGGUAUCCUAAAGGAUUGGGCAGUGAGCAGUUUCUGAAAUGUCAGCUUCACGCCAGGGAAAAUUACUCCCUCUAAACACACUCCUUCGCUUCAUACACAUGUUCAAGCAUUAUUUACCCAAGAUAAGCUUGGGCUACAUUAAUUAAUGAUGUCUUUAUUCUUUAAAAUGGCAGAAACAAGAUUUAAAUCAUUUCCAGACUAUCUCUCAAUAGGGACAAUCCGCCUCUGCCUGGCUGCACAUUAACUGCCUGGCCAGGCCUUUCCUGUCUCCGUGAUAAAAUUAAUUAGAUCUCUUAAAUUCACAACAGGACCAUUACAGCUCACCUUCCAACCAUUCACACUACUGUCAGUAAGAAUAUUCAUAACGUUAUCUCGUGUGGAAAGUCUCUACAAAUAAAUAAGCACUCCUGGGCUGCACCUUGCAAUUAUUGGCACACUUGAGACUGACUGAUCUGCAAUUAUGGAUACAUGUAUGGAAACUGACCUCCGUGCAAUCAACGACGCCUAAAUUUCUUUAUCUUGGAUUCCAGUUCAAAAACUCAAAUGAUGAUUUUUAACCAUGAGAAUUACAAUUCCAAACGUGUUCGAGGGAAUGAAUGAAACUGGCAAUUCAAAUGAACUGCAAGCUCCUCCGUUCUAUAGCAAUUUAGCAGAUUUUUAGCAAAAGUGCAAAUUUGAUGUAUGUAAAGGAAAACAAACUCAUGUCAACUUCAUAAGGCUUGUGCAACUAAACUUUGUUUACCAUUUGAAUAAUUUACACUGUUCUUCAAUAUCUCUCGCAAAUCUAGAACAGUAAGGUUCAUGGAUAAACCUAUCUAAAUUUUCACCGUUUGUGCAUUGUAGCAUUUCUUGUACACAGUACUUGUAUUUUUCCAGUAAAGGGGGAGAAAUUGUACAUUAGCUUUUGCCAACACAUUUACAAAGUUGAAUACACACCGAGGUUAUGAUUUGAAAUUCAUUGUUUGAAAGAAUAAUGUAGAUUUCUGUGGGAAGAAUAACUGUGAUUGAUAUAAGAUAUGCUUUGUAAUAGAUUAGUGACUUAAAAGAUAUGUGCACUAUUUAGUUUCAAAUGUAGUAAUUUUAAUUUAAAAUGUUCCAUUGAGUAUCUGGUUUCUUAAAGAAAGGGAUGAUUUAUGAUGGACUUGUUUAGACUUUGCUCCAACCAGAAGCUUUGACUCAUCAACUUCAUGUUUUCUCUACCACACUUGUAUAACCUUUUCAUUGUAACACUUUUAAAUCACUCUUCCCUCUGUUCUCCUUAUGCAUCUGUCUACCUUCCUGUUUAGCUCCCUGUCCUCAGUUUUCUCUUCUAACACUGAUAUAUCCAGCGACAGAAAGUGGACUAAAAUAGCUUGGAAUGGCUCUAACUUGGAGCAGCAGACGUGACAAUAAAUGGCUCUACCAUAAGAGGAAAAAAUGGAAUGCAAUUGCCAAAACAUUAGAAACAUUGAAAAUAUUUAGUAACAACCUGCACUUUCACGCUUGAUCCAUUGUGUCUAAGCAUUACCCACUAUAUUUCAUCAAAUUAGACCGUACUUUCAUAUUUGUAAAAGCAAGAGAACUUUUGUACUAUUUUCCCUCUGACUUCAGCACUUUGCACUGCAAAAAUGUUCUUUAUUGGUUCAGUCACUAUUGUGAAAUGUUGGAAAAUAUAUAAAGAUCUAUUAUCAGCAAACGGGAAUUCACCUGUUAAAUUGCUUGAUGGGUUUAAUUGAAGGGGGACAAUGGACAGGUGCCCGAACCUCUUUAACAAAUACAUUUGGAUUUUUAUGUACACCUGAUGAUGCUGAUGAUCCUUGGCUUAAUGCUAAUGCAAAUAAAUGAUUUUUAUUUUG